AUGAAGGUUGAUACCACCAUUUUAGGUCUUGAUGAUGAGAGAGCAAAGGAAAUGCCAUAUAUUGCGAGUAUGGGCAUAUAUGUUUUCAGUAAGGAUGUGAUGCUGAGUUUGCUAAGUGAUACAUUCCCUGGAGCCAAUGAUUUUAGAAGUGAAGUUAUUCCAGGUGCUACUUCAAUUGGAAUGAGGGUUCAAGCCUAUUUGUACGAUAGCCACUGGGAAGACAUUGGUACUAUCGAGGCUUUCUACAAUUCCAAUUUAGGGAUCACUAAGAAGCCAUUACCAGACUUCAGUUUCUAUGAUCGUUCCUCUCCAAUCUAUACACAACCUCGGUACCUGCCACCUUCGAAAAUGUUUGAUGCCAAUGUUACCGACAGUGUUAUUGGUGAGGGUUGUGUCAUCAAGAAUUGUAAGAUUCACCAUUUUGUAAUUGGUUUGCAUGCAUAG